UCCAUUUCAGAGCUCAAACUUGGAAUUUCGCUGUGGCGCUCUCUGGCUGUGCUUGCCUGCCAGAUCGCCUUCACAAGAGUGUCGGGACACCUGAACCGGAGCAACUGCAAUGACCUGUGGGUGCACCACAAGGUUCGCACGUCGGGCACGUAUCAGAUCGACGUGGACGGCCAGGGACCCCUCAAGCCCAUCUGGGUCGACUGCGAGAUGGGAGACGGCAGGGAACUCUUUCAGGUGCUGACCAUCGUGCACCACAGCCUGGAGGAGACGCAGCAGGUGCGGGGCAAGGAGCCGCCGGGCUCUUACUCCCGGAACGUGACGUACGGCGAGGCGACGGAGCAGCACCUGGUGCGCCUCAUCGACAGCAUGUUCUCGUGCCAGCAGUUCGUCCGCUGGGACUGCAAGGGCGCCAUGUUCGGCUUCUGGUACCCGCCCGGACUGGAUAGCUGGUGGGUCGGACGCAACUGGCAGGACCAGUUCUACUGGGGCGGUGCGGAGACGGACAGCCGGAGCUGCGGCUGCCACCCGCACUGCCUGCGCACUCCGCGCAACUCGACGUGCAACUGCGACGCCAACGUGAAGCAGGUGUGGCUCGAGGACGCCGGCCUCCUGCUGGACGCCAGCAGGCUGCCCGUGCUCCAGCUCCGCUUCGGCGACACCGGCGAAGCCAACGAGGCCGGCAAGCACACUCUGGGACCCCUGGUCUGCAGGGCCACCGGACACGUGGACGUGUUCCGGGGCAGCUUCGUGGCUCCGGUCACCAUCACGAGCUCGGGCUACCCGUCGGCGUAUCCUCCGCCCUUCCACCGCUACCUGUGGACGGUGGCCAUCGAGCCGGGCGACGUGAUGGAGCUCAUCUUCCUCGAGUACGACGUGCUGCACUGGGGCGCCUACAACGCGGUGCCCGGCUGCGGCAGCGUGGUCGUGGUGUCCGCCUGGCGCGAGUCGGACGGCCGCAGGGUGCGCAUCGAACGUCAGGACACGGCGCCGCCGUACUUCAUCUCGGACGGGUCGCGCACCCUGAUGAACCUCACCUUCACCACCUGCAACCAGGUGAUGAAGAAGACGCUGCAGAAGAAGGGCUUCAUGGCCGAGCUCCGGAGGGCAGAAUGUGCCGGAUGCGAGGCUGGCCUCGGAUUCAACAGUUCGGAAACACUCUGCGAGUCAUCGUGCGGUGUGAUCGCGUCUUACGGCUACCCGUACCCCCCGGUGUCGUACGAGAGUCCGGGCUACCACCAGCACACCUGGGUGUUGCGAGUGUCGCCCAAGCGCAUCGUCCGGCUGCAGUUCAACGACUUCGACGUGGCCGGCACGCCAGGAUCGCGCAACUGCAGCGAGGACUGGGGCAUCGUGUCUGUCUUCAGCGGCGACAACACGAGCGACGCGUCCAGCCUGGUCGGCGGCUACUGCAACCUGAACCGCCAGGGGCUCGUCUUCUCCGAGACAAACGUCAUGACGGUGGUCUUCCAGACACGCUUCAGGAAGAUCGGCAACUCUAGGGGCUUCCACGCCACCUUCAGAGAGUUUCUGCCGGAUCUGGCACCGGAAAAAGCGGACACGGACAAGCUGGUGAACGUGGCGCAGGGCAAGCCCGCGCUGCAGAACACCACGUACGAGCACUACGACGCCCAGCUGGCCGUGGACGGCAACGAGGAGAGCUCGUUCUCGGCGGGCUCGUGCGUCUCCACCGAGUUCAUCAAGGACCCCUGGUGGCAGGUGAACCUGCAGAAGGAGCACCUCAUCUACGCGGUAGAGAUCCACAACAUGGUCGAGAACGUGGAACUGCCUAGCCCCACCCCAGCGACGUGGCCUCCCGGUUCCUACGGGCUGCCCAUGCCAGUGUCCGGCUGCCCCUCAUCCGUGGGCUUCACUUGGGCCACGGGCUGCAGGUUCCACGACAUUGCGUACGACGUCGUGGAGGACGACAAGAUCCGCCAUUGGAGCGACGGCAUGAAGCUCAAAGGCGGCCUUCAGGAGGACGGCGGCGUGGAGCAAUGUUUCUGCGUGAAGAAGGACGACGCCCCGCCGAGCAACGCGACGACCCCGUGGUCCCCGGGCAACUACUGCAUCCUGCAGGUCGGGGACACGUGCCCGGACGGCUUUCAGAGCGGCUACAUCACCUGGAUGGAUCAGCAGCCGACGGCCCCGGAUGCCCACAACCGGGUGUCCGGCACCGUGCCCCGGGGACGCUACACGGCCCACAACACGACGCUGUACUUUUGCUGCCGCAACGACGGCAGCCCCGACGUCGCAAUCAGGCUGCCCACGGACCUUCCCUUUUACCUGCUGCAGUACGACGCCGGCACGUGCCAGAAGGUGCAGGGCAUGUCCGUGUUCGAGCAGUCCUUUCACUUCAUGGAGGACGAUGUCGGGGCCCGCUCGCCGCUCGACACCGACGCUCCCGGGGGGAUGCCCAAGUUCAAGGAGGGCCACCCCCGGGUCGACUCGACGCUUUUCGACAGGGGACUCGUGCUAUACUACUGCUAUUACGAUGUCGCCGAAAGCCUGCGCGGAUUUCGUGUCAUGGUGGACAACACGGGCCUGGUGUCGACGUUCGACCGUUACUACGACGAGAAGAACUACGGCAUACCGCACGCCAUCGAGGAGAAUUUCCUGCAUGCCUUCACGUGCGCCCUUUACCCUAUCACGUCGCCCUCUUUCCGGGUGCUCAGGCUCAACUGCACUCAGCCCGUGCUUGGUCAGUACGUGACCCUCCAGAUCUUCGGGCGGCAAGACACCCUACGCUUCUGCGAGUUCAAGGUCUUCGCCCAAGAGUCCUGCGGGCAGCCGCUGGGCAUGGCCUCUGAAGAGAUCUUCGACACCCAGCUACACGCCUCUUCGAUCGAUGACUCCGGCCCGUACCACUUCACCAACGCACGUCUUAAUGCCGAGUACGGAUGGUGUGCUGGUCCGUCUGAUGCCCAGCGGUACCUGCAAGUAGACCUCCAGAACCACACUCGUAUCACGGGCAUAAUAUUGCAAGGUAUGAGCACUCCCGUGAAGAGCGGCUACGUCAUCGCCUUCCACCUGACGUUCAGCAACGACAGCAUCUACUGGACGUCGGAAGAGCAGCCCGUAGGACACCGUAAGGUGUACACGUGUCACCAGUGCGAGCUGUCAACGUUCACCGCGGACCAAGGCGUCCGUUACAAUCUCCUUAGGGGUAUCGUGGCCAGAUACGUCAAACUGCAGGUGCUCAAAUGGAAUAAGGCGCCCUGUCUUCGACUGGAACUUAUCGGCUGCAGGUCACAAGGUACGGCCAAUCCUUCUUUCAUCUGUCCGAAUGUUUUCUGGACAGUAUCUUGA